CUCUAGGCACGCCUCAUGUUAAUGUAGGACGUGGUAGCGUAUACGCGACGUCACGUAUCCUUCGGAAGUCUUUUCAAAGGCGUCCUUUCGCGAUGCGUGCUACAGCAUGGCUAACAAAGCAGUAGACACUACAGAGCUGCAUUAUACGUGCCAAGGUUUUCGAGAAGAUCGCGCAGCUACGACGCGUACGAGGACCGUAGAUAUAUGUAGUCCGUGAGGGGGAGGAAGAAAGGGGUUUCAGAAAAAGGGGUUGAGAGGACGGUCGGUGAGGAUUGAUUGGGUCAUCCCCUCGGCAACCGAUGGACAAACACAAAUAAGCUGACCAUCAACCGGGAAAGCGCUCCUGUCCACCCUCAGUGUCCCGAGCACGCUUUUCCCCUUCGCGAUAUCUGUCGAUUUGUUUUCGCGUGCGCCACCUCCCCUCGCCCGCCCCUCCUACUCGGUGAUCGCGUCGUGACACGUAGGGACGUCGCACCGCAUCCUGUGGGACAAACGUAGUCGACAUGAAACUCCUGCUCCUGGUGAUCGCGAUCCACUGCGCGACUUUCUCUCGACGUGGGUACGAAGUUGCCGAAGCACAACAGGAUCCAGGGGGAACGUCGGCCAAUAGGGAUGUCAGACCCGUUAAUCUCUUUAUCGUGAACGACGUGACUAACGACAUAGCCAACAAGAGCGUGAUAAAUGCCCUGAAGACUCUGAGAGAUAAGAAUCCAGGCUGGAUAGGAGAGGUCUCCACUGUGCUGAUCAACGGAUCCGAUCCGAGAGAUACAUUGGACAGACUCUGCGCCGCUUGGGAUUUGGCGCUACGAGCAGGAAGCACCAAAGUCCCAGACUUGGUCCUGGACACGACCAAGUCAGGUUUGGGCGCUGAGACUGUCUGCUCCUUCACGGCAGCUCUGGGCUUGCCCACUCUGUCCGCUCAGUACGGUCAGCAAGGUGAUCUACAGCAAUGGGAGAAUUUGACACCGGAUCAAACAAAGUAUCUGGUGCAAGUGAUGCCACCGCCCGACCUUGUUCCUGAGGUCAUCAGACAGCUGUGCCUGUCCAUGAAUAUCAGCAACGCCGCCAUUCUCUUCGACGAGGGUUACGUAAUGGAUCACAAGUACAAGAGUCUUCUGCAAAACGUGCCGACGAGACACGUGAUCAUCGAGGCGAAGCAAACGACCACCGAGUUGCAGUCGCAGCUGUCGCGGUUGCGUGAUCUUGACAUUGUCAACUUUUUCGUCCUCGGCGACCAGGAGACCCUUAGUGUCGCUCUGGACGCAGGCGAGUCCUUGAACUUCACAGGUAGAAAGUACGCCUGGUACGGACUCACACUCGACGACUUCAGUCUACAAUGCGCCUGCAGGAACAUCUCCGUUCUCUUUUUGAAACCGAAGCCCGCCGCAAGUCAGCAAGUCUUGAGCGAGCUGACCAGUCGUGGCUUAUUGCCGAAACCACUGCUGCUCUCGGCAUUCUACUACGACUUGGUUCGUCUUGGUAUCUCGGCCAUGAGGUCGGCGUUGGAGUCCCGUCAGUGGCCCAGAGAACCCAGUCACAUCAGCUGCGACGACUACAACGUCAACAACACUCCCGUGAGGAACUUUGACUUUUUGUCCACGUUGAAAGUCACGACGCGCAACAGCGACUUUGUCCCGACUUACGGAGGAUUCGCUUGGGGCAAGUCGAAUGGCGACCAUCGCGCCAACUUCAGCAUGACGAUCAAUCUGGUGAUAAUUAACAACGGGAAUCCCAUAUCAACGGAGGAAAUAGGCGCGUGGCAAGCCGACGUCGACGGCGACUUGCAGGUCUUCGAGGAGGAUCUAUUAACGAAUCACACGGCGCUAACGAGCUAUCGCGUAGUAACGGUUCAGCAGGCUCCAUUCAUCGUGUACGAUGCUGAAAACGACACGUGGUCAGGUUACUGCAUCGACUUACUUAACGAGAUUCGUGAGAUUCUCAUGUUCGAGUACGAGAUCCGUGAGGUCGAUGACAAGCUCUUCGGUAACAUGGACGAAGAAGGGAAUUGGAACGGGAUGAUAAAGGAGCUGAAAGACAAGAGAGCGGACAUAGCGCUGGGCUCAUUGUCCGUGAUGGCCGAGAGGGAGAACGUAGUGGACUUCACAGUGCCCUAUUACGACCUAGUGGGCAUAACGAUUCUCAUGCUAAAACCCAAAACACCCACCUCCCUCUUCAAGUUCCUCACUGUUCUCGAGAAUGACGUCUGGCUCUGCAUCCUGGCCGCAUAUUUUUUCACGAGCUUCCUCAUGUGGGUCUUCGAUCGCUGGUCGCCGUACAGCUAUCAGAAUAACCGCGAGAAGUACAAGGACGACGAGGAGAAGCGCGAGUUCAACCUGAAGGAGUGCCUUUGGUUCUGCAUGACUUCCUUGACGCCUCAGGGUGGAGGCGAAGCGCCGAAAAAUCUUUCGGGCAGACUAGUCGCGGCAACCUGGUGGCUCUUUGGGUUCAUCAUCAUCGCUUCCUACACUGCGAAUCUUGCUGCUUUUUUGACGGUCUCUAGGUUGGAUACUCCCGUCGAGUCUUUGGAUGACCUCAGCAAGCAGUACAAGAUUCAAUAUGCCCCGCUCCAGGGUUCGUCCGCCUACACCUACUUCCAGAGGAUGGCCGACAUCGAGAAGAAAUUUUACGAGAUCUGGAAGGAUAUGAGUCUGAACGACAGUCUCUCUGACGUGGAAAGGGCGAAGCUGGCCGUUUGGGAUUAUCCGGUGAGUGACAAAUACACGAAGAUGUUUCAAGCCAUGAAGGAGGCCGGCUUCCCCACGGACAUGGAGGACGCCCUGAGUAGAGUAAGACGCUCUAAGAAUUCCAACGACGAAUUUGCAUUCAUCGGCGAUGCAACCGACAUUAGGUAUCUUACCAUGACCAAUUGCGACCUCACUAUGGUGGGCGAGGAGUUCUCUAGAAAGCCGUACGCCAUUGCUGUCCAGCAAGGAUCGCCUCUCAAGGAUCAGUUCAAUAACGCAAUCCUGGUCCUACUGAACAGACGAAAGUUGGAGAAGCUCAAAGAGAAGUGGUGGAAUCGAAAUCCGUUGAAGAAGACGUGCGAGAAGCAAGACGACCAGAGUGACGGGAUUAGCAUUCAAAAUAUCGGUGGCGUUUUCAUUGUCAUUUUCGUGGGAAUUGGCUUGGCUUGCCUGACACUGGCCUUUGAAUACUGGUGGUAUAGAUAUCGACCCAGAGCCAAUAACGCGAAUCAUAAUAUUCACCAAGUGCCGAAGGGUGUACCAAAUGUUAAGCCGAUAAGAUUUAAUUUGCAACCAGCAGCUACACGCGCGUUUCAGUCACAGCCAAAGUUUCGGGCGCGUUUUUAAAUUUUGAAAAUUUGCUUUGUAUUUUGCCGAUAAAAAAUGUGGCGACGCCCAAAAUAUCGGAUAAAUUGUGGAGAAACGCAAAGUUUGCAUAGGUUGGAAUCUGUUACUUGAAACGCAGUGUCUUUUUGAAAACACAGAGAAUUACGUUUGCACGUGUGCCCUGUAUAUCGUUGAAUGAUGAAAAAUUCUAAAUGUUGAAGAUGCAAGAAGUCUUUCAUUUUCACUGAUACGCUUGUAUGUUAAAAUUUCAAUAAGUUCAUAAUGAAUGCACGGUGUAUGUAUAUACACACACAUCCAUACGUAUGAGAUGAGUAUAGUGUCCAGAAUCGAUAACUUGACCGUCCAAUUAAUAACAGUGUCUGAGCAUUGUCAACCCUCUAAAUCCUUACAACGAAAAUCGGCUUUAUACUCAGAUGAAAACUAAUUACAACAUUUCCAAACGACACUUACCAGACGACGUUACUACUUUGUUACGAAUAAAAUGAAUUAUUCACGCGAAAAUCGCAACAUCUAUAAUACAAAGUUCCAGAAUUCUGUCGUUGGUCGAACUGCUCAUUUCCCUGAUGCUGUUUUGCACGCACAAAUUAUUCAUGUCAAUUUAAGCGAAUGUGUAUGUUUAAUUGUAAAAAUACAUAAUUAAAGACAAGAGGA